AUGGAAAAUACAAUUAAGUAUUAUUAAACAUUUAAAUAUCAAAUAUUAUUAUCUAAUUAUCCUAAAAUUUAAGAAUAUUUAAAUAAGAUAAAAUCCUUUUCUAUAAAACACAAUUUUACUGAAUUUGACAUGCUUUUAUUUAUAUUAGUUGGAUUAUUUUUAGUUUAUAAAAUAUUCUAAUUAAUGUUAAUAGCAAUAAAAUAUAUUUUUUAUAAUUAAAGGUAUUCUUUUAAAUCCUUAAUUUUCUAAUUUGCCUUUAAUAAAAUUUCAUUAUCUAAAGAAUAUCUAGAAAUAAAAAAAAAAAAAAUUGAGAAACAAAUUAUGGAAUCACUUGAUAAAAAUACAGACAAAAAAUAAUAUAAACUACAAUUAAAAGGAAUGAAAAUAGGAAGCCUUCAAAAAAGAAAAGAAGAAUUUAUUGAAAGAGAUAAAUCCUUUUCAAAUUUAAGUAAUGAAUCAGGUUCAAAAUUUUCUUUAGAUGAUGAUUUUGAGAAAAAUUUAAAAAACUUCGCUAGUAAAAAAAAAUUAAAAAAUUUAAAAAUUAAAAAAUUAGAGGAAUUUUAAUAUCAUAAUCCUUUACAUUAUGAUAUUUUCCCGGCAUCAAGAUAAAUGGAAGCCGAAUUAAUAAGUAUGACAUGUAAUUUGUUUGGAAAUGAAAAUGCCUUUGGAAUUGUAACUUAAGGAGAAACAGAAAGUAUAUUAAUGUGUGUUUUAUCUCAUAGAAAUUAUGCGUUAAAAUAUAAAAAUAUAAAGAAACCUAAUAUAAUUAUUCCUGUUACAGCUAAUUCUGCUUUUUUUAAUGCUUGUAAACAUCUUAAUGUUGAUUGUAUAAAAAUACCGGUAGAUUCUAAUUCUAUUGUUGAUAUGAAAUUACUUUAAAAAAGUAUUAAUUUUAAUACAAUAAUGUUAGUAGGUUCUGUCCCUAGUUUUCCUCACGGAAUAGUUGAUCAUAUACCUGAUUUAGCUAAACUUGCGAUUAAAUACGAAAUAGGACUCCAUGUAGACUGUUGUUUAGGUAGUUUUGUAGUAGCUUUUUCAAAAGAUAUAUCAUUAAAUAUCCCUUAAUUUGAUUUUACAUUAGAUGGUGUUACAUCUAUAAGUUGUGAUUAUGAUAAAUAUGGCUUGGCCCCUAAAGGAGUAUCCAUAUGUAUGUUUAAGACCUUAGAAUUAAGACAUUGCUGCUAUACAUCCGUAAUUGAUUGGCCUGGUGGUUUUUAUACAACCCCAAGUGCUGCUGGUUCUAAAUCUGGUGCACCUAUAGCAGGUGCUUGGUACGCUAUGCAGUAUUUUGGAAGAGAAGGAUAUGUUUAAUUGGCCAAAAAUAUUAGUCAAACAUUAGUUGAAUUAACUAAUUUUGUAAGAAAAACUCCUGAAUUAUAGGAAAUCGAUAUUUUAGGAAAUCCUAAAGUAUGCUCAUUUGCAAUUAUUUAUAAAAAAGGAGUUAAAAAAAAUAUUUAUCAUUUAGAAGGUGCAAUGAGUAAAAAAGGAUGGACUUUAACAGGUAUAUAAUUACCACCAGCUAUAAAUGUCUCAGUUACUCAUGCUAUUUUUGCUAAUUCAAAGUAAUUUUGUUAGGAUUUGAAAUAAUCAGCCAUUGAAGAAACUGGUUUAACAUAUGGAUGUUUAGAUAAAGCAGGAAAUGUAACAAUAUUUUACAUUGAUAAAAAUAGAUAUUCAAAUGUAGAUGUUAAAAAAGAUUCAUCUAAUUUAACAUUUAUUGAAAUAAAUACUGGUUAUCUAGCUGUUUCGUUUGAUGAUUUUAGUAUAGGAAUAUAUGAUAUUUAAACCGGAAAAUAAAUUUAACAUUUAAAUUGGCAUAAAUUUUAAAUAAAAAAUUUGUAAGUAAAUCAUAUAACCGGAUUUUUAUUAUCUGUAACUUCUGAUAACUUAACUUUAUGGAAUAUAAGGAAUUUUUAAAGAGAAAAGUCAAUAUUUUGUAAAAACAGUAAAUAUUCAUAAGGUUGUUUAGUUCAUUCAGGAGAAUAUUUAAUAGCUAUUUGCUAAGUAAAAAAAAUAUAAAAUUAAAAUAAAAUAAAAUUAGAAUGGAGAUAUAAUGUGUUAUAACAGAGAUAAUUUGCAAUGUAUAAAAUAAACAAAUUUAAAUAUAAAAUUUUUGUAAAAUAAAUGCUAUAUGGAUAGUUCUUUAGAGGGCCAAUAUAUAUGUAUUGGUGGAGAAUUCUAGUAUUUGUUUGUAGCUGAAAUAAAAAAAUUUGAAUUUGAAAGAUUCUAUUUACCAGAUGAUACAAAAAAAAUAAAAAAACUAAAAUUUAUAUCAAACUCUUUAAUUACAUUUCUAGCUGAUAAUGAAAAGAUUUACAUCGUUGAUAUUUCUAAUAAUGCAAGAAUUGCCUUAAAAUUUUAAUUACCUAAAAAAGAAGGAAUAAUUGAUUAUGAUAUAAGUAAAGAUUAAGCUAAUUUUUUAGUUGUAAUAAGUAGUUUAGGAGAAAAAUAUGUUUAUAAUCUCCAC